GCGUCGAGACCCAGUUUGCGGUUCUGCUGUGCAAUUCCGGGCGGUGAUUUGCUUUAACACAAUUCCGGGAGCCUUUUCCAGCUCGAGUGGUUGAAGGAUAGAACGUUUGGCCCGAAUUCCAGUGGAAGCAGCCCUCUGUUCUUUGUUUUAGCUAUCAGGAAAUCAGAUACGUGGAGACAUGUCUGGGAAGCCAGUUCUGCACUAUGUCAGUGUACGCGGCCGAAUGGAACCAGUGAAGUGGCUACUAGCAGCUGCUGGAGUUGAGUUUGAAGAAAGAAUUCUGAAAACUAAGGAUGAUCUCCAAAAGUUAAGGACAGAUGGAUGCCUGCUGUUCCAGCAAGUGCCCAUGGUGGAGAUCGAUGGGAUGAAGAUGGUGCAGACCAGAGCCAUCCUCAACUACAUCGCAGGGAAAUACAACCUCUACGGGAAAGACCUGAAGGAGAGAGCCCUAAUUGACAUGUAUGUGGAAGGAUUGGCAGAUCUGUUUGAGUUAAUCAUGUACCAUGAAUUCAAACCUGCUAAUGAAAAGGAGAAAGAUCUUGCAAACAUUAUGGACAAGGCCACAAACAGAUACUUACCAGUCUUUGAGAAGGUUUUGAAAGACCACGGGCAUGACUUUCUUGUUGGCAACAAGUUGAGCAGAGCAGAUGUGAAUUUACUGGAAACUAUUUUAAUGGUGGAAGAGUUCAAGCCUGAUGCACUUGCAAAAUUUCCUCUCUUGCAGAGUUUUAAAGCCAGAAUGAGCAAUAUCCCCAGCAUCAAGAAAUUCCUGCAACCUGGCAGCCCAAGGAAACCACCUCUACAGGAAAAAGAUAUACCAAACCUGCUGGCAAUUUUCAGUUGACCAGCAGCCUAAGUGUGGUGUAACUCCAUUCCAUUGUCCAGGGUGUUUCCUGUGAAGCAAAGUGAAA